AUUCGAGAUUCCUGAAAUUGUAACAAAUUUCGAUAUUCUUCUUCUUCUUCUUGCUCUCGAAGGUCUUCAUCUUGUUGCGGCUAUUGCAGGUUCUUCUUCUCCCAAGCUUCAAAGGUUACGGAGAAAAACCCUAAGGCUCCCUCGUGGCACGUGUCUAAAUUCAUUCACUUUACAGAAAUUCCUUUUCCCUUCAAUAUUUAACCACCCAGUAACCCUUUUGGUUACGUUUCAACCUUUUACGGUGUCUGAAUUUUUGAAGGUUCGCUGAAGGUGUUUGUUUGUGUGCUUUGUUGAAAGUGGAUUAGGGGUUAAUGUUUUUGGAGCUAUGAGAUUGUAUUGUUUAGCUUGUUGUGGUGGUGGUAACCCUCUUGUUGUGUUUGGUGAACCUUGAUCAUUGGGUUGGUGAAGAAUAAAAUGCCAUCUAAUUACUUAUCGAGGCUUGGAGCUUCAAUUCAGAGAUCGGUUUUGGGGAAAGAAAGGGGAAUACUGGACUCCGCUGAAAUUCUGAUUGGGCAAGGAAAAUUGUGGUUUGGUAGUUCCAAGUUUUUUCAUUCUGUGCAUAGUUCAUAUUGUGUGGAACUUAGCCUGCUCGUGCGCCCUGGCGUUGCCUUAGCUUCCAGCUCUGAAUUGGUUGGAAAAAGAAGAACUUUGUCUGUGGUUGACACACUGUCUCGGACAUUUUCGGUUCCGUCUGUGUCGGGGCCGUCGUUUCAGGUCUGUGGAUACCACAUUGGUUCAGCCCUUGCCGGCCCUGAUCAGUUUUGUAGUGGUGGAACUGGAUUUCGUAUUAGGGCAAUGGCUGCUCACUUGCCCGGGGUAGUGGUUGGUGAAUCUUAUGUAGACAACCCGAGUUUGAAGGGUGUUCGCCGAUCAGUGUCAACCAAGAGGAUCGGUAGUAUAUGUUUAAACACGAGUUUGAGGAAUGGUGGAAAAGUGAGCAUGAGUUUGAAAAAGCAUCAGCAGCCAGAUAACAGUGCGAUUUAUGGAUAUUUUAUUUAUAAUGCUGCCAAGACCUUGUAUAAUUCUCACCCUUACAUGCAGUCAGGAUCUGGAGCUUUCCAUAGCUUGUCAAACUCGUGUUACUCAGUUGGGCCUGCUCAUGACGUACCUUUUGACACUUCUGUCCGUGAGGAACAGUCAAGCAGUUCUGCAGAUUCAUCUGAACAGAAAACUCCUUCAGGGAAGACCCUUAAGUUAGUAUCAGGAUCAUGCUACUUGCCUCAUCCUGAUAAAGAAGAAACUGGUGGAGAAGAUGCUCACUUUAUAUGUUCUGAGGAACAAGCAAUAGGGGUGGCAGAUGGUGUUGGUGGAUGGGCAGAUCUUGGUGUUAAUGCUGGAUAUUACUCUCGUGAGCUCAUGUCCAAAUCAGUGGAUGCUAUUCAGGAGGAGCCCAAAGGUUCAAUUGAUCCAGCUAGGGUGCUGGAAAAAGCACACUCAAGUACAAAAGCCAAGGGUUCCUCUACCGCAUGCAUCAUUGCACUUACUGAUCAGGGCCUUAAUGCUAUCAAUUUAGGAGACAGUGGAUUUAUGGUAGUCCGGGAUGGGUGCACCGUAUUCCGGUCCCCAGUGCAGCAACAUGAUUUCAAUUUCACCUAUCAGCUGGAAUGUGGUAGGAAUGGUGAUUUACCUAGUUCUGGUCAGGUUUUUACCAUUCCUGUUGCACCUGGGGAUGUCAUAGUUGCUGGUACAGAUGGGCUGUUUGAUAACUUGUACAAUAAUGAGAUUACGGCAGUGGUGGUUCACGCCAUGAGAGCGGGAUUAGGUCCUCAAGUUACAGCCCAGAAGAUAGCUGCAUUGGCACGUCAACGAGCACUUGAUAAAGACAGACAGACUCCUUUCUCAACCGCUGCUCAAGAUGCUGGUUUCCGUUACUACGGUGGCAAGCUUGAUGAUACCACAGUUGUAGUUUCAUACGUUACUGGCUCAGCAGAUGCAUAAUCCCGUUUUGUUGUGCCCUCUGUAUAUAAUUACUUUUGUAACGGUUGUGACAUGUUUUUAAGUUAACAUUUUUAGGUCACAGGCGUCCUUAUUAUGCUUGGUUUGUUAGUCCAGUUAGGGCAGAAAUAUAUUUGUUCGAGGUGGAGGAGUUAAGUACCGAGUCUAUUGACUUCUAUGAGGUUAAUUCUUGCUGUCAAUGUUGUGAACAUAGCAAAUAAUGGAGUGUUAUCUCAUAGUUCCCUAUCACGAAUUAGGGUUACAUUUUUGUUGA